AUGAAGUUCAUUUACUGUGGGUUGAUAUUGUUGUUGGUAGCGACAUAUGGGGCCUGUUUGAGGGACUAUCGGGACCCUUGGAAGGGCCUGCCGAUGUUGUGCGCCAAAGAGGACCCAAGAAAUGUAUCACUUUCUUGCCACGGAGUGAGAAUUGUGAAAAGAGUUAUUCAGGAGUUGUUGGAACGUGCUGCCUCUACGAAGCGAAUUCAAAUCACCGAUGGUAUCAGCAUUGUUGAUAACAGCGUUGAUGAUAUGCAUUCGAUGGAUAGAAGAGGAAGGACCCUCAAAAGUACGGUCUUGGGGCUGUUUGAGGGAAAAGAGUUGAGGAUUAAGUUGAGCAGUUUGAUGCCCUUUGAUUUGGAGAGCUUAACUAGUGAUGAACAAGGUCGUAGAAGAAAUGAUUAUGGAUUAGGGGGUGGUAAAAAAGGCAACAACAAUAUUUUCAUAUUGGCAUUACUAAUGGGAAAAAUGCUUGGAAUAAUCGGAUUCGGAACCUUGGGAUUCCUGACAAUGAAAGCACUAAUGGCAUCUUCACUAGCACUAAUGCUCUCAAUCGUCUUAGCAGCAAAGAAGUUUUCCGCCAGCAGCCAACCAAGUGAAAACCACAUCGUUUAUGCCGCCCCCGCUCCGGUAGAACCUCACCGUCGUAAAAGACAAAUUGAAGACCUUAAUUUGUCACCCUAUCGCGGGUGGCUUCAGACUUACAAUAAUAGAAAGUCUCUCUAG